UAUUGAUGUCACAUGCAAUUUCGAUAGCGAUAAUAUUGGUAAUACAAAUUUGCCGGCGCGACGACAACUGAGCCGGCAUUUUAGUUAUAGUUCCUAAUUAUAUAUCAAACAUUUUCGAUUGUAUCUAAUUCUGUGUGAAGUGUGCGACUGUCUGUCCAAGAAAGAAACCCGCAAAUCUGGAUGCAUGCAAUGAGAUGAUUGCCGUCGCAGAGCCGCCACAGGAGUUCAUUCCUCGCGGUCGUCAGGCGGCAGAGGAUCAUCCAGGCCCCACAGAACCGCCAUUACCCAAAUAUUUGCCUGCCGAGCAUUUGCUAUUGCAGCGAUUGCAAAAUGUUAACAUCUCUGCCGCUACCGAAGAACCGCAAGAAUUCUGGUGCAUACGCGAAAUCUACGAUGACUACGACGCCAGCUAUGAGCGCGGACAGCGCCGUCAGCAAUUAAUCGAGCAGACUAAGAAGUGUGGACCCAAUGCCGCGGCUGCCACGCAAUUAACAUCGCUGCCGCAGGAGUUGCUGGAGCCCAUUAAGCACCGUCGCGAGGAUCCCAUGUGCGAUUACAUUGUGAACAACGAGGAGGAGUUGUAUGUGAACAAGCAUACGGUUAUAUGGACGCAGGGACUGAAUGAUGAUGACGAUGGCGUGCAACGGCGCAUGUGCUUCACCUGUGAUACACCAGUGAAGUUUGCCUGUUUCCUAAAUCGUAACUUUGUACGUGGCCGCUUGGCUCAGCUGCGCGCCGCUGUCCAACCGGAGGACAAGCUAACAGCCAUUUGUGUGGUGGAUCAGGAUGCGUUGCGCGUCUACUGCGAUGAUGGCGACGACUUUCUGGCUAAUCUCGAUUUUCCCGUUUCGCAUCUGUGGCAAACAACACAUGGCCUACUGCUGGAAAAGGAAUCUAGCAAUGCGCUCGUCUCCCAUUUGUCCAUACCAAUGCCACGCCUAUUCUCCAUGUCGCAUCCCCUGCACGAAGCUUGCCCGGUUGUGCAUAAGACAGCCACGAACUCAAAGGGCUACAUGACCGAACCCGAAUACAGUAUUGUCUUCACAGCCGAAGAGUCGGAUCUGGUGCUGAUCUACGAUGCAAAGUUCUGCAAGCAUUUUGUUGCCCGGCUGCGUAAAGUGACGUCCGAGGAGGUGAAUUAUGUGAGCCAGCAGCAGCAGGAGCUGCUCAGCCAAACGCUGCAGGGAAAUCGCACUACACCGGGCUCAAGCACCUUGCACAGCUUCAGCUCCACCAAACUGACGGGUGCCACUUCAAAGCUGAGCACCACCUCGUUUCUGGGACGCAACAAUCCAGCAACGCCCCCGCUUAAUUUCUCGAAAUAUGGCCUCAGUCAGUCGCAAUCGUUUAGCGGUGUGCUGGGUCAAUCCAAUCGUGCCUCGCUGGGUGCACCCCUCAGCCAGCUACAGAACAGCAUUAGCCAGCAUUCGGUGUCCGUUAAGGAUAUGCGCAAGAUAACGCACGUUAAACCGGCCAAGCCCAUUGAGCCGGAGAUGUGCUUGGAACACAUCUGGACAGAGAAUACAUACGGCACGCAACGUGAGUUCUGCGAGAUGGCGACGCGUGCCUUUAUCCACACGGAUCUGGUGGGUCAGACGUAUUUGUGCUAUUUGCUCGCACGCAGCUGCCGCUUGCAAAUGGUGCUGAUCAAUGGCUACGACACCAGCGAAAUGCAAUUGUCCACAUUGGCGUCUACACUGCCCGCCAAGGAUGCAGUCGGCUUGCAGCGCAUGCAUAUGAUAGCUGUACUGGAUCCUGGUGGCAAUCUUAUACUCUAUACGGGCACUGUGCUCAUCUCCAAAGUGCACAUAACACCACAGUUAACUACUGCGCCACAGACUAUUCACAUUGCCACGCCCACGCCGACAACAACCCCCACUCCGCAUACGCCGCUGCAAGCAACGACGGCAACGGCACAGCUUAAAAUAGCCAACAGUUCCUUUGUCGAGGUGCGUCGCAGCAGCCUGUUGCCCACGAAGGCGGCAUCCGAUCUGAAUGCCUUCGAUGAGGAGCUGGAGCUGCACAUGCUCUCGCCCAUACAUCCGCAGCCCAUGUCCUAUACCCAACGACAGGCUCACAACAUAUGCAAAGCGUUGCGUGAUCCCGCUGGCAAUCGAUUGACAUUGGUUUAUGCCACUGGGCGGAUGCUGCGCAUUGCUUUGCCGCUGCUCAACGAUACACGCCUUAUCACGCGCUGCAUAGCUGCGUUGCGCCAAGUCCUUAAUUCCACACAGUUCUUGCACUUUAUCAUACGUUGGUAUAGUGCACGCAAUCCGCCUGGUUCGCAGGACUACAGCAUCGAGCAGGAGUGGCAGCUAUUUCGCAGCACCCUGCUGGGCCUGAUGGGCUGCAUGGGCACGGCGACGACGACGACAACAACAGCGAUGUCAGGUGAUGAGACAGUCGAUGUGGACGAGUCCUAUGCACGCUGUGCCACACCGCCAUUGCAUACGUUUGCGGGCGCCGCACAGGAUGAGCCGAAGAAGCGACGCAAGUACAACGAUUGCGAGUCCUACACUGAUGAUGAUUGGGAGUUUAUGUUGCUGCAGACUGCAUUAUCCGCCUGUCCCUCCGAUCCGGCGCACGCCUACAGCGUGGAUGUGACAGCUCCAUUGUUUCGUAUGCUGCCAGCCAUAUUCUAUGGGAUGCAUAUGCUCUACGAGGACCUCAAACUUGAUUCGGUCUUUCAGAGUGCGCUCAUCUAUCUGGCAUCGUUUCUGCAUCAACUGGCAAUUGACAUGCAACUCGAUAGUUACAUAAUGCACUAUCAUCUGGACUUUCCAGAGCUGACGCAUAAGACAACCAAGCUAACCAUGAUGAACAGCGACCAUGGAGCUUUGAUGCUCUACCAGGAGCUGCUCCGAAUGCCAGCACCCAGUGUGUAUGUGCAGCUGGAGCAUGUUCUAUUGGACAGACAGGAGGUGCCGCCGCUUAGCUAUUUGGAGUGCAUCAAUGAGCGCAGCCGGAAUCUGGUUCAGCUCGUCUCGCUGAUAAUGCACGGCCAAAGCAAGCUCAAGCACUGGUGGCAACUGCUCGAGAUCUUUGACGCAGUCCAAUCGAACUUUGCCAAACGCCCCAAGCGCAGCAUCUCGGCGGAUGUGCCGCGCUGUCAUCAGGUGCUGGAGCUGUUGCUGUGCAUGCAGCUGACCAGACGUGAUAUCGAACGUCUGCCUGCUGCGGUGCAUUUGGUCAUUGCUGAGGCGCUGGAACAGGCGCGUCUCAUGCCGCCCAUGGGCAGCAGCAUGGCCACCUACGAGCUGAUACUGCGACCUGAACUGGCUGCGCAUGCCCAAUUACCCUUUCUCGAAACCACACUGGGUCAGCCGCAUUGUGGACGUGUCUACAAGGAAGAUUCGCUGUCGCCACGCAUUGCGCCAAGCAGCGGGGAGUGGCCGAUGCCGGAGCCAGAGUCCGACCAGCUGCGACACGAUGGCAUGGACAAUAUGGACACGAAGCUUUUGCGUUUACGCUUUCCCGACGACAUGCGCGUCGAGGAGGUGCGUCGUCUACUCAACAGCGCCGAUCCAGUUGCGAUUGAGGUGCAACAAUCGCCAGGCACCAGCGAUCACGAAUUCAUCGAGGAGCAGGAGAAACAAUUAUUCGCGCUAUGUGCACGCACCAUGACGCUGCCCCUGGGCCGUGGCAUGUUCACUUUACGCACCCUAAUGCCGCGGCCAAGCGACAAUAUGCCCAUGCCCAAGCUCUGUUUGGUGGGCCGUGAGCCAGUUAAGGGCACCACCAUUGAGAUGCAACAGAUUGAGUUUCCGGCCAAUAUGCACAUGUGGCCAUCAUUCCAUAAUGGCGUCGCCACCGGGCUAAAGAUCUCGCCACAAGCGUUAGAUAUCGAUUCCACAUGGAUUGUCUACAACAAGCCAAAGACGCAGGCGAACAAUGCCUUGGAGCAUGCGGGAUUCCUAAUGGCCCUCGGCCUCAAUGGGCAUCUCAAGUCGCUGUCCUUUAUGAGCGUCUACAAGUAUUUGGUCAAAUGUGAUGAGAUGACCAGCGUUGGCCUGCUACUUGGCAUCUCGGCAGCGCAUCGCGGCAGCAUGGACACCAAGACAACCAAAUUGCUGAGUGUCCACCUGGAGGCGCUGCUGCCGGCCACAGCCAUGGAGCUGGACAUACCACAAAGUACUCAAGUGGCUGCUCUGAUGGGCAUUGGCCUGCUCUAUCAGGGCUCGGCGAAGCGGCAUAUAGCUGAGGUGCUGCUCCAAGAAAUUGGACGUCCUCCUGGUCCUGAGAUGGAGAAUAGCGUGGAACGUGAAUCCUAUGCAAUGACUGCCGGUCUGGCACUUGGACUAGUUACACUGGGUCAGGGGGAAUCUCCAGCUGGAUUGCGUGAUCUGCAGCUGCCGGAUACGCUGCAUUAUUAUAUGGUCGGCGGCGUUAAGCGACCCAUUGGCGGCUCGCAGAAGGAGAAAUAUCGCCUAGCCUCGUUUCAGGUGCGCGAAGGUGAUAGCGUUAAUAUCGAUGUCACCGCACCGGGUGCUACCUUGGCACUGGGUCUGAUGUUCUUCGAUUCGGGCAAUACGGCAAUUGCUGAAUGGAUGCAGCCGCCGAAUUCGCGCUAUCUGCUAGAUAUGGUUAGACCUGAUUUCCUUCUGUUGCGCACCAUUGCACGUGGCUUGAUACUUUGGCAGCAGGUGCAGCCGGACAACGAUUGGUUCCAGGCCCAAUUUCCACAGGCCCUGCGGCCACAUCUGCGUCUGCCCACGCGCGAAGAUGAGCCACCCGAGGAUAGCGACGUGGAUUACGAAGCCAUUACGCAAGCCUAUUGUAAUAUCUUGGCUGGUGCGGCCUUUUGCAUUGGCUUGAAGUAUGCAGGCAGUGAGCAUCCAGUGGCCUUCACCACUUUGCGCACUGUCAUCAAGGAAUUCCUCAGUUUUCCGGGCACAUCGAUGGGCGAGUGUGCCGGUCGAACCACCAUCGAGAGCUGUUUGAUGGUGCUGCUCAUAUCCAUAUCGUUGGUCUUUGCCGGCUCUGGCAAUUGUGAAAUCUUGCGCAUAAUCCGGUUCUUAAGAUCACGCGUUGGCCCCCAAUAUCCGCAUAUAACCUAUGGCUCUCAUAUGGCAAUACAUAUGUCGCUCGGACUGCUGUUCCUGGGCGCCGGCCGCUUUACCAUUGCCAAAACACCAGAGUCCAUUGCAUCUCUGGUCUGUGCCUUCUUCCCCAAGUUUCCCAUACACAGCAACGACAAUCGAUAUCAUUUGCAGGCGCUGCGUCAUCUCUAUGUGUUGUCCGUGGAGCCGCGUCUAUUCCUGCCACGCGACAUAGACACUCAUCAGCUCUGCUUGUGCAACAUUUCGGUAUUGGAGGUGGGCUCUACGAAGCUGCGCCGCCUUCCCAUUGCUCCUUGCAUUUUGCCAGAGUUGCGUACGCUUCAGCAGGUCAUUGUAGAUGAUGAGAACUAUUGGCCGAUCUGCUUUGAACGCUCGCGUAAUUGGCAUCAGCUAGAAAAGGCAUUGGAGCUAAGUGCUCCUAUUGAUAUAAAGAAACGAACUGGACGCCUAUCACAUCUAGAGGAUCCGGAUCGUUUGAAGAGCAUGCUAGCGCAAACGUUGACCAUGGAGCAAAGCAUUUGCUGGCAGGUGGAUGUGAAUGAUUUACAGCAGUUUGCCAGCGAACGGCUGGUGAAGCCCUUUCUCAGUCGCUUUCUGGACACGAAGGGCACGGAUCUCAGCUAUGCGGAGCUGAGCAAGCGGCAUCAAUUGAUGCUUCUAUUCUACAAUGCAGUGGUCAAGGAUCGUAUGCAUCUGUUGCCCGUAUACCUAACGCUCUACGAUCAUGUCACCAAGCAGAUGGCCAACAACAACGAUGUGUGGCAGGUGAAGCUAAUUGAAGCAUACUUGGGCAAAAGUCCCAAUGAUGAGCAUUCGCUCAUCUCUGUGGAACUGAUACAAAUGAUGCAAGAGAUUUCAAGGCUGAGUCUGGAGCAAGCGGCACGCGAAUUUUGUGUGCCAUUGCGCGAAUUUCUGACCCAGAAGCGUCUGGAGCCAAGCUAUGUGGCCAGCAUCUGUGCACAGGAUCUGCAGCGUGUCUUUUGUGUCAUCAAUUAUUUUAAUUUGAUGCCAAAUAUGUUAAGUAGCAUUGACCUGAGCAGCGGUCCGGUUAACUAUCUACGCAUCAUGAUCGAGUUUAACAAAUUGCAGUUAAGUCCGCACACCAUAUAUGGUGUGCUUAAAAUAUUCCAAGCUUUGGCCACCGAAGGUGCUGAACAACAGCAUGAGCCUGUUUUCUACACAUUCAAAUAAGUGCACAAUUAUCUUGACUAUCGCUCAAAGGCUUAAAACCGUUGGCAGCCCCACGCCAGUUAUUCAAUUCUUAGUUUAAGCUUUAACGUCGAGUUACAAUACUGUCUGUUGUGUUUCGCAGUACUUGAUAUACUUAAAUGCCUUUAACACAGAGAUUUGCUGUUCAAAUUAUCAAAAUAAGAAAUGUAAUUUAUCUAAAAAAAAAAACGUUGAAGUAAACCCAUGUAAAACCAUUUAUAAAACUGGUUUGUU